UCUAGGAUGGGAAGACAUGGAAGGAAGAACGGAGAUGCUUAAGACCAGCUCAUGGUACAGGUUUAUUGCAGAAGAAAUGUCAGUGUCCUUGGCGAUGCCUUGUUCGGCAUCAAAUACCUUUGUGAACCACCACAAACCAGCAGUCUAUGUAACCGUUGCCAUGCUAAGACUCAAGAACAAGCCAGCGUGGCUGAGAACUGUUUUUGAUGAGUCUUGCAUCUCUAGCAUGAUUCAAAAUCUUAGUGGGAUGAACAUCAGCAGAGAGAUUGUAAUAUUGUUUCGAGAACUUAUGCUGGCUGAGCUAUUGAAUUCCGAGCAAGUGACCAAGUUGAUUCGUGCAUUCCAGGAAUUUAAAAAACAAAUGCACAGGAAUGGAACUCAAGAAGAAACCGUUGAAGAACAACAACAAGCAAUUUCCUCAAUACAUGAUCAUGGUGAAGUCCGCAACUAUCUUGUACAGUUGAUGGUAUCUAACUCGUUUGGACGCACAAGUGGAAGUGAAACAUACACCAAGAAGAAGAAACAGGUUCUCGAUGAAGUGGAACAAUUCUCCAAGCUAUUAUUAUCAACAAGAGGGAAUGGUGUAACUGACACAACACCGUGUAACGUCUAUACAAGAAAGAGAAACAAGACAAAUCCAAACAGAGAGAAUUGUGUAGAAGAGCAGACUUAAGAGAAGCUUUCACAACUGUUAGUC